GGCGGCCUGAGGUGGCGGCGGCUCCGCUCCCACCCUCCGACCAUGCACAGCCUGGCCACGGCCGCGCCUGUGCCAACAGCACUGGCUCAGGUUGACCGUGAGAAGAUCUACCAGUGGAUCAAUGAGCUGUCCAGCCCUGAGACACGGGAGAAUGCGCUGCUGGAGCUGAGCAAGAAGCGCGAGUCCGUGCCGGACCUGGCCCCGAUGCUGUGGCACUCGUUUGGCACCAUCGCUGCACUCCUUCAGGAAAUUGUAAAUAUUUAUCCAUCAAUCAACCCUCCGACUUUGACAGCCCAUCAGUCCAACAGAGUCUGCAAUGCUUUAGCUCUACUACAGUGUGUUGCAUCACACCCUGAAACAAGAUCAGCUUUUCUGGCAGCUCAUAUUCCUCUCUUCCUGUACCCCUUCCUGCACACGGUCAGCAAGACCCGUCCGUUUGAGUACCUGCGGCUCACAAGCCUCGGAGUCAUUGGGGCCUUGGUGAAAACGGAUGAGCAAGAAGUUAUAAAUUUCUUAUUGACAACAGAAAUUAUCCCCCUGUGCUUACGUAUUAUGGAGUCUGGCAGUGAGCUCUCCAAAACGGUUGCUACGUUUAUUCUUCAGAAAAUCCUCCUGGAUGACACAGGGCUGGCAUAUAUCUGUCAGACUUAUGAGCGGUUUUCCCACGUUGCCAUGAUACUGGGUAAAAUGGUCCUGCAGCUCUCCAAGGAGCCAUCGGCACGGCUGCUGAAACACGUCGUCCGCUGCUACCUUCGCCUUUCCGAUAACCCCAGGGCACGUGAAGCUCUCAGGCAGUGCCUUCCUGACCAGCUGAAGGACACCACCUUUGCCCAGGUCCUGAAGGAUGACACCACCACAAAGCGCUGGCUGGCUCAGCUCGUCAAGAACCUGCAGGAGGGUCAAGUCACUGACCCACGGGGCAUCCCUCUUCCUCCGCAAUGACUGCUGGGGGAGGUGGGGCUCUGGGGAAGAAACAGCUCAGGUUUACAAAGAACCAGGAACAGGUGACCUCUUCUGCAACAAACUGGGCACGCCAGCUGGCUGCUGGCCUGUCGGACCAUACCACCCAGCCAAAGGGCUGCUCUGUAGCAGUGCAGCAAGCCUCCGGGGAUCCCAACACCAGCAAAUGCUGAUACUGCAGCUUCAAAAAAAUCAAUAAAAACAAUCUGUGUAGAUCCCAGUCUCUCCGGGAGGCUUGGGUGGCAUCUCUUCCCCUACCUCCAGGCAGGGGGUAGUGCAGAUGUCCACUCUUCCAGCAAACUCAGCCUCUGCCCAACUGGUGCACAACAGCAGGUAUGUGCACCAUGUCCCUCCAGUUCUUUGUCAGUUCUUGUUUACAUGUCUGUUUAAAUGAGUGAACUGAAUAAAAGCUGAUCCAGUUGUUUUAUCCCCUCCUUACACUGCUACUCAGCUGCCGGUAGUCCAGGGACAGCUUUUUUCUCUGCCAGCACAUCCUUGCUCCUGGCUCUGCAUCCAUCUGGCACAGUGAGCUUCUCUCUUCCUUUCCUUUGGCAUGGAGGCAGUGGCUGCAGCCAGGCCACUGCGGUGCUUGCCCCAGGAGGAGGGGUGGAUUACUUGCAGUGAACCCAUGUGUCAUCAGGUUGCUUCACAGAGCUCUGGGGAAGGAGAAGACAGCAGGAUUGUGACUCCUGUGCUGUAAAUAGUUCACUCCCACAGCUGAUCAGCGGCCCGAGGCUGAUGUGUGCUGGCCUCUCAUCUAGACCUGGGAAGGCUGCUGGCUGGCUUGUCACAUGGAGCUCAGUGUGAGGGCACCUGCCUUGAGGUGGUGGUCAGGCCACCGACUGAUCUCCUGCUGCCUGCAGGCUCCAGGUAUGCUGCCUUCUGCUCCCGCUGCUGCCCGCCAGGCGCCUCUCAGUCCUGUCCUUCCCU